AAAUAAUAGCGGCUGCUCGUCUGUGCUUACGCGUUCGGCCAACAAAUUGCUAGCUGUCAGUCUGUCGUGGAUUAGCUUGGCGUGCGAAACGAUUUUCCUCACAUAGCAGCAGCAGCAGCAGCACCCAAACAGUGCGAGUCCAAAACCAUGCUGAAUGAAUUCUCACACAACAAUAAAUGCAUAAAUGAUUAAGUGCUAAACUGAAUGAAUGAAUGAAUGAGUGAGUGAAGUGAGUAAUAUAUACACUUCUACAAUAUAUAAGUAUAAAUAACAAUAGUUGAAAUGGCCAAAUGUCAUUCAUUCACACAGUGACGAAGUGUUGGUGCGAAGUGUAAAGAACAGCCGAAGACAAAGGACGAAGAAGUGAAGAAGCAGCAAGCAGCAAGAUAAGUAGAGUGCUUAAAAGGAAAAACAUUACAGUGCUUUGUGCGAAGAAAAGCGCAAAUAAAAUAAAAAUAGCAAAAAAAAAUAAUAAAGACAGUGAAAACAAAGAAGUAGUGAACGGUAGUAAGUUGGGGGCUACCACCACCAACCAGUGGAGACAUCAAGUGUGGUCUCAUCGGUGCUAAAUUAAAUUUAUACCAAGAGAGCACACGAAACAGACGUUCUACGGCCGCCCACUGUGGUCAGCACAAAAGAAGAUGAGCAUGAAAUAAAAAAAAAAAACAGAAAAAAAAUAAAAGUAAUAAAAAAAAUAAGAAUAAAGAAGAAAAACGAGACGCACAGCACUGAACUCGUCGAAGUAGACAAAACGAAUGAAUGGCCGACCAGUCCAUGUGGGAGCAGACGAGGCAGUCCAAUGUAAAUGGCACACUUAUUGCCGCUGAACCGUGCAGACAACAAUUCACAGCGGUAUUGGUGUGGUAGCUGUUAUUAUUGUUUUUGUUGUCAACAUCAACGACGACGACAACGAUAGCAUUGAGAGGCGGGCGUCGUUCGAGUGUGUUGGGCGACAACCAACGUCAAAGCAAAUGUAUAAUAAAUUGCAUGAAAAACUCAGUCAUUACGCCAGCAGCAGGGAGAUAAUUUAGUUACACAUCACCAGCUAACAGCGCCCCCAAGCCCACAAAGCCUACGCGGCGAACUUAUCAAACGGUCAGCAUUGCUUUGGUUUGUGAUUUUGGGCUGAGAUUGAAUGACUUGUUCACACUGUGACGCCGCAGCAGCAGUAGUUGAGGCAGAGACACCAGCAAUACCGCUGUGAAACUCAUUCACAGUUAUCAACGAAAGCAGCAACAACAACAAUAGCAGCAUCAGCAACAAUAACAACAUCCACAAUUAUUAGUGGCAUCGCAUUUUCAUUCAUUUGCAUUUGCACCCCCCACCGCUUGAGCUUGAGGAAUCGUUGAAGACACGGUCACAUCACAGUCGGGGUCGCUGCAAAGGCAUGUGAUAGCAUUAGUCGCUGUGGCAGGCCAAGUGACGGUACCAGUAAGACAGCUUAUGCCAUAGUCGCCUUUGUGUCACUUUAAGUUGCCGUCAUUGGAAUAGCAACAAAUCACUGUCAAAGGACUCAUUGUCACAUAGUGUGUGUGCAUCAGUGGCAGAGUCGAACUUUCCAGACUCUAUAGUUCCAUAGUUAAGUUCAGUGUAGCGUCCGCUCGACGUUCAGUCGCUUGUGACAUUUUGUGACAGUAAACAUCUGGCUGUUUGUGCACCCUACGUUCGACUCAGCGUUCGUCAAUCGUCGUGUGCGCCCAACGUUAGUCGUCAGUCAGUCGUCGUUCGUCGAAAGUUCAUUCGUAGUACCCGCAGGGGCGUUUGUUCGGGCGACUGUGACGGUGGGUGGGUGAUGCCAACCCAUUGAGAGCAAAUGAUGAAGCACAAGGGUUCCAGUUACUGUUGUCGCUGGUUCACACUUUUCUUGCUCGCUAUGGGCAUUGUUCUUGUUUCGCCAGAUAUACACACCGAUUUUGCUGACAACUACAAACAAAUGAAAAGCAAAGGAGCAACAGCAACAACAAUAACACCAAUGAAUACAAAUGCAUUGCGUACAAUCAAAAUGCUCGAAGCUAUGGGCAUUAUUGACGCCAACAGGUACAAUGUCAACGAUAAGAACAACAACAACAACAACAACAACAAUAACAAUGAAAACAAUAACCCAAACAACAAUAACAAUAACAAUCUUAACAACUACAAUUCAAAUGUGUUGAUUGCCAACAACAACAACAACAACAGUGCAAACAGUAAAAACAGCAACAAAAUGCACAUUAGUAGUGCGUCGAGCAACCAAAUGAAGAUGCACAGUCAGCAAUUGGAGCCGUUAGCUGAUAGUGCGGCGACACCAGUCGAGGAAGAGCUUGAGGCGCCGGAGCUGGUGCUGGAACAAGAGCUGACGGAACAUAUGGUUUCAACGCCUCAAUCGAUGACAAUAAUGGUCGAAAAGCCCACAAUGGUGAAGCAUACAACAACAACAACAACAAGCCCAGUAGCAACAACGACAGCUGCACCAGCAAUAAUGGAACCAACAACAACAACAACGUUAAGCGCCGGCCACACGGCAACAACGUUAGCCACAGCAAGUAAACCAAGGAAACCAAAAACAACAACAACUACAAUUACAAUAGCAACAAGCGCCACAACAACGCACAGUGGCAGCAGCACAAUAAAGUUUGCGUCGCCUGACAACGUGGCCAAUAUAAAUGUCAGCGGCAUAAAUGCGAAAAGCACAAUGAUGUAUAAGCAACAGCAACAACAACAAGAAGAGAAACAACAAAAACAUAAACAACAACAAUACGCACAGCAACAACCACAGCACCAUUGGCAGCUUAGGCCAUAUGAAAGCCAAAAACAUCAUCCACUGCAACAACAACAACAACUCACUGAGGCACAAUUUGUUGUUGCGAACAGCAGAAGCGAACGAAGACCACAAAAGUACAUUGGCAAUACUUUGUUAGGUGACAGCGAUGCCGAUGACAGCGACAGCGGUGACAGCGGCAGCACACAAGCAACCGCAUCGAUGGUUGUUCAAAUGCCUGAGAGGCGUGGCGACGACGAGUUGGAGAGUGUGACAGCUACAACACAAACGCAAAUAGCAAUCAACGGUAAUAACAAGAGCAACAACAAUAGAAUUGUUGAUGGCAUUACAACGCCAAUAACUGCAACAACAACAACAACAACAACAGCAGAUACAAUAACAAUAACGCCAACAACAAUCAAAACCGAAACACCAACAACAACACAAAGCAACCAAUUUGAGUCAGUACGCAUUUUAUAUGAUCACAAAGCAAACGACCCCACCGACGACGACGACGAUGACGACUUGAAGCCAACGAAGGAAACGGAUGUGCAAAUGGUGGUUGUGGCACAGAAUGAGGAAAUGGAAGUGGAUCGUCAAUAUAAACAGAAAUUUUCCAACUCAUACUCAGUUGUGAACUCGGGCAACACACACAAUUAUGCGGCAGGCGCACAAUUGUCGGCACACCAACACCAACAACAGCGGCAGCAGCAACAGCGCAGUCGCUGGGUACGUCAAGCGGCGGCGGAGGAGGAGCCAAUAGACAAAUGCCGACAAUUUAAUGAGGGUGAUGCGGCGAAAAAUGAAUUCUACAGUCCCGAUUAUCCGAACUAUUACCCAAAGAACAUCAACUGUACACGCGUGAUUACAGCGCCGCUAGGACAGAUAAUCCGUUUAGAUUUUCGUAAUUCAUUCCACAUUGAAGCGAAAGAGGAUUGCAAAUUUGACGUACUCGAGAUACGUGAUGGCCAGUAUGGCUUCUCGAAUUUACUUGGCAAAUUCUGUGGCACGGAUUUUCCACCAGAAAUCACAUCAAGGGAACGUUAUCUCUGGUUGCAUUUUCAUUCGGAUGAGAGUAUUGAGUAUUCGGGAUUUACAGCUGUUUACGAAUUUGUCGAUCGCAGAAAAGAAGCGCCCACCACCGAUCUGAACUGUACAAUCGAAAAACGCGGUUACGAGGGCUUCGCCAACUCCAGCGAUGUGCCCGAGGACAUACGAGAGACGGCGAUUAAAAAUCGUGUACCAUUAGAUUGCAUAUGGCGCAUACAGGUGGAGGAUGACUGGAAGAUACUAAUGAAAUUCAUAGAAUUUCGUUUAGUCAAACCCAAUGACUGUGAUGCGAAUUUCUUGGACAUCUUUCCCGAGCAAACCGUCAUGCCACUUAGACUAAAAAACUUUUGCGGCUCUGCUGGUGAAGGCAUGACAAUCGAGGCGAAUGUAAUACAUAUUCGUUUCUAUGCCGAGCCACCGGCCAUCCUAUCGUCGUUCUCAAUUCUGUACACGGCUUAUCGAGAUCGCGGCGCAGGUACUUGCACUGAUGAGGAAUUUGAUUGUGAGGAUGCCACAUGCAUUUCGAAGGAACUUGAGUGUAAUUUGCGUGACAACUGUAAAUUUCGUUGGGAUGAGGAGAAAUGUAAGAAAGAAGAGAAGGAGGGAUCGGAACAUAUACUCAUUAUUAUGAUUGUCUUCGGCCUAAUCUUGGGUGGCAUGAUUACGACAUUCCUAGUGAAUUGCAUACGCAAGAUAAUGCACGAUCAGAAAAUUAUACGGGAACACAUACGUCAAUCGAAGGAGAGCAAACUGAACGAGCUGGGGCGCAAUUCGAAGGCGCGCUCAAGAGAGAAUCUAUCGAGCACAAUGGUGAGGCCGAAGCAUUCGCAGACAUCGUUGCAAAUACUUAACGACACAUCGAAUCAUUAUUAUCGCGAGGUAGUGCCCAUGUCGCGCGCCAGCAGCAAAAGCGAUCUUAAGGAACGCGAACACAGCAUACUGCGGCAUCGCAACGACAUUGUGGUGCAGACGAGCUUCUGCGUGGAUGACAACAGCUCCGAGGCGACGGUGGAGGCAGCAUUGGCGGCAAAUGCCUGCGAUAUGGGCUGUCAGACGCGUGAAUCGCUCUUCGCCACACCGCUGAUGCACCAGAACUCGAUGGGCUCCCUAAAGGACAAGGCCAGUCUACAUUCGCGUUCACGUUUCUCCACAUUCGGCUAUGACCCCCCACCCGCGCAUUCGCAGGCAAACGUUGGUCAUGGUGGCCAACUAACGGGACUAAAUAUACGCGAGGCGCAGGAAUACAUUGAGAUGCGCGAACGCCAUCCCGGACCAAAACCGAAAAUGCCACAUAUGCAUCGCAUGGAUGCAUUGCCGCCCACACCGCCAACACCGGCUAUGCCGCCGCCAACGGAGAUGUGCCAUCAUCAUCAUCAACAUGCGCAUGUACAUACACAGCAACAGCAACAACACCAGCAACAUCAACAGCAGCAUCAGCAAUCACGCCAACAAUCAGCACAGCAACAGCAACAGUUGUCGAUGCAGCCAUCCAAGGAUAGUACGGGUGCGGGUGGUAGGUCAAAUGCGCCAGCAACAACAACAAUAACGACAGCAACAUCAGCUCAGGGAAAAGCCAAGCCAAAGCUAAGUCAAUCGACAGCUUACAUAGACAUUAGAAAUUCAGCGCCGGAUGUCAUCAUAAUGACAUCACAUUGACAUUUAAGUAACUCAGCGAAAAUCACGCCACCAUAUCCACAUGGGAGCGUACAGCAGCAGCAACAACAACAACAACAACAAAAACGCAUUAGCACACUCGAACGACUAUGGGAAUGUGCUGGCAGCAGCAACAACAGUCACAGCCCCAGCAACAACAGCAUCAGUAGCAGUAGCAAAACGGGCGCUAUGGAGCGACAAUUUGAGUGAAAAACGCACACCAAUAAGGAAGUCAUUUGGUUAGGUAAAGCUUUUAAGCGCACGGAUGUGCAGACACACACACACUGAAAUACCAACACACAUAUACAUAUAUAAAGUAGAUAGUAUAAUAGCAUAAAAUCACACAUAAUUUAGUUUAUUAAACGCUUGAUUGGCGCCCGUUUAUUCGGUGCAAUUAUUUUGAGGUUAAGUUAGUGCAGGAAAUCGAUCGAGAAUUUCAUUUUGCAUGGCUUUAAUAUUAUCAAAUAUGUAUUAUUAACCUAAAAUAUCCAUUAAAGUUCAAUUAAGAAGGCAACACCGUUGCUUACGAUUACUUUUAAGGCAAGUUUUAAUUCACUUAAGUGAGAGGUUUACACCGUUCCAAGUUUGGAAGACUUUGAGGUGUUUUUAAUAAUAUUUAAAUUGUAUUAAAGAAAGUGAAUUAAGUUUUUAAAUUAUCAAAAUAAUUAAUAUAUAUGGUAUAUGGUGUUUCAAUGCGCAUAUAUGUUUUAAUAGUAGAUUGAAAUGACGUCCAAGUUUUAUAAUUUCUUAAAUUUUAAUGACAUCAUCUAAUAAUUUUAAUCUUCGUAGAAUUUCUCUGCUUUACUUCAUAGUUUAUAUAUAAAUAUUCGAAAAACAAGAGUCUUUUAUCAAGCCUUCCUCAAAAACAGCGGAAUUAUUUUAGGUUAAACUUAACGGUGGACCACAAGUUGAACUCCUGAAACUUAAAAAUGCUGUCUAUAACUAGUACCUUAUUAAUUUAUGGCGCCGUGUCGUUUACAGAUUUUUAAACUGGGCCUUAACAGUUGAACCGAGGCGAGGUGAAUCUAAAACUUUUUUGCUCCUUCAAAAAAACUAAGUAACGAACUCCAUGUGUUUGUCAAGGGGUUUUCAAUAAAUAACACAAAAGCAGUUUCGGAUUUCGUGGAUUGUAUGGAACUCGAUUUCUUUUGCAUGGCCACCACGCUAACAGAAGUCCUGACGCUGAAUCCAAAUUUCGACAGUUUUCAAGCAUAAAUCGGCCUAUACGUCACAGGAGAUGGUCUAACGGCGUCAAAUCAAACGGCCUAGGCGGCCAAUUGACUGGGCCAUUUCGUGAGAUCGAUUGUGACAUUCGCUGUGUGGCUUGUGUUGCCGUCCUGUGGAACCACAUAUUGUCCAAGUCCAUAUCAUCCAAUUCGGGCCAUAGCGUUACCGAUUCAGAGUAACGUGUCAGUCUUGAUCAUCACGGAAGAAGUACGGCCCAAUGACGUCGCUGGCCUAUAAACCGCAACAAAUUAUAUUUUUUUGGGAUGCAAUGGUGCAUCAUGGAGUACAUGUGGAUUGCCAAUAACGCAUAUUUUGCUAAUUGAUGAGGCCAGAAAUGAACCUCACCGCUAAAGAUGAUUUUUCGAUGAAAAUCCGGAUCAUUUUCAAAUUGCUGCUCAGCCCAAUUCACAAACAUACGACGAUUCUGGUGGUCAAGCGGCUUCAGUUUUUGCGUCAGUUUGAUCUUGUAAGGAUGUAGGCCAAGAUCUUUUCACAAAAUUCGCCAAAACGACGUCACAGCGGCAGCAAUAUUCACGACACUAUGGGCACUUCUUUGUCUCACUGACACGGACACAUUUUACACUGUGCUAAAUGUUCGGUAGACAAUUUUAAUAAUUUCGACUCGUUGUUGGAUCGUAUAUCUUUCUAUGUUGAAAUGGCAAACCUUACUGAAGAGAAAUGAACAAACUACUAAUACGGUCAAACUUAAGAAAUUAUUACCGGAAUCUGGUAGUAAAUUAAAUCAAAAUUCUCAAAUUUCUGACCGACGAAUAACAAGGAAAGUAAAGUUAAGAUAAUAGCAUCGCAUCAAACUCAAAUGAAAGGAUGUCUAGUUAAAAUUGAAGUUAGAGCUGAGAACUAUGAUUAUUAAAUUUGGUUUUUGUCACGUUCUCUACUGAUUCAGUUGUAAGUCAAUAAUAACAACAAUUAAAUAAUUAAAGUGAACUAAAUGUUUCAUUAUAAGUAGACAAGUUUUAACUUUCUCCUAAACGGGUUUAAUUUGAAAAUGUAGGGGAAUCUAAGAGACAUAGUCUAUUCACAAAGCUAAGUAGCCGAGAACAAGACGAAUGGUGAUUUAAGUUGAGAACAUAAAAUACAUCACCAAAUAAAUUAAAUAAGAAGCGAAGCCUUUCAAGAUCCUGCCAACAAAGCCAGCUAUCAUUUGACCUAAACAACUUAAUAGAACUUUUUUCGAAGCUUAGACAAUUAAAAAUUAUAGUGGUAGAGGAGAACGAGGAAGAUUUAUUAGGAUCAGUGGGAGAAAAAAAAGCAAAAAAACGACUUUAACUUGAAAUUUUUUCAACAAAAUGAAAAUUUUAGUAGAUAAAAAGUACAUGUUACUAUCAAAGUACUAGUUUUUGACAGCGCUCGCGUUCAAGGAAGCAAAAUUAAUAUACAUCUUAAACCUAUACAUAAUUUUUGGCAUCACAAAGGAUUGUCCUCGAUAGUCUAAAUGUGUUUCGCCUGAUGAGGAACAGCUAUUGAACCUAACCUAACUUAACCCUAAACCUAUCCCCUUGAAUAUCUUAACUGAAAUUUUAUUCCUAGCAGCAAACGUAUGUAGUUGGUAAGCGCUAUCUUGUGCAUUAUAUUACUUUCCAAUGCCUUUUACGAGAACCAAAGUUUUGCUCUCUAUAUUUAUAUAUAUUUGCUCUUACUUAUCAUCUAUUCAUACUUUAAAUUCUUUAAGCGAAUUUUAAAUAUCAGCCUCAACACUCGGAAAUGGUCCAUACAUAUUGGAAUUAUUACUUUUUAGACCUAUUUGAACUAUACUAACUUUGAUAUUACGAAAAAUCAGCCAUUUAAAUUUCUUACUUCAAGCAUAUUUCUUAUAAGCAAAUGUAUAUUUAUGUAUAUUUUAUGAAAAACCAAAAAUCUAAUGAAAAAUUAGUCGGUACAUUAAACUUACAAAUAUACACAUACAUUUAAAUUAAACAUAAUCUAAUAACAUAGCAACUAACAUGUAUGAUACUCGUAAAAAGUUAACUUAUAGCGAAUUUUUGAAGUGGUUUUUGAAAGAAACUUUCUAACGAAUUAAAUUAAAAAAAUAUUAAAUAAUAUUUAGGAAAAUUAAAAAAUAGUUUAAAAACAAAAAUAUAAAUAUAUAUAUCAAUCUAAAAUAUAUAUAUAAUGACUAUAAUAAAAUAAUUUAGAACUAAAUACUAACAAACUUUUUCUAUAUAUGACAGAAUUUCAUUAGGAACUUCACAUACAUACAAAUGAACAUUUCGAAUAAAAACCGGAUAAUAAUUACCAAAAUUUUGUAUAAUUAAAAAAAUAACAACAAAACUCUACAAUACAAUAAACUAAAUAACAAUAGAAUAAUUCAGCGAAAAAUUUAGAAUUUUAUUUAGAAUUUUACAAACUUUUCUAAAAACAUGACAGUCACGAUAUGGUGACACAUGCAUUACUCCCUUGACAUAUUUACACACAUUUGGUUUUAGAGGUUAGUAGUUUAAUUGUUGUUUGUUUUUAUUAGCUCAGCAUUUAUAAAAUAUCCUGAAAAUAUUCAAUUGCAACUGUGCAUACAAUAUAUGAUGUGUGUAUGUAAAUAAAUGUGCCGUUAUGUAAUGCAACUAGCACAUGCAUAUGUUAGGUUAUGUAAAUAUGUAUAUGUACAUGGAAAUAGUGAAAAUGCACAAAUUAUUGGACAAAACUUGCAACAAAUUUCUCUUAGCGAAUUAUUGAGUUCAACUCCA